AUGACACUUGCUGCUCCCCCCUCUACCCCUUUCCCCUCUCCUGCUUCCCCCUCUUCUGCUUCCCCCUCGCUUGCUGCUGCUGCCGGCACGCCCGUGCUCACAGCAGCGCCACUGCUUCCCCCACAGCCAGCCCCGGCCAAACCAUCAUCCUCAUCAUUGCUGACAUCAUUCUCCCCUUCCACCACGUCUUGCUUUCCUGCGCCUUCCAUCUCUCCCAUUUUCCCCUUGCCUUUCCCAAUGUCUUGCUUUCCAGGGCCUACCAUAUCCUCUGCCUCUGCCUCCCCUCGCUUCGUUUCUUCCACACGCUUUGCCCACUUCACCUCCAGCUGCAUCAGCCCCAUCACUCUCGCUUCCCUUUUCCGCACAGCCGUCUGUCUGCUCGGUUGCAGAGUCGACGGAGCCUUUCAUGCCUUCCACCGUCACCAGCCCACCCUUCCCAGUAGACGUGACGCUGCUGCUGCUGUCACCGCUGCUGCUGCCACUAGUACUGCCCGUGGAGGGCAGCUCGUGACACGCGGAACGGCACAAGGGGCAGGAUACCUCGUGCGCGCUGGGCAGCAUGGAUUUCGACAGCGGAGUUCGCGGGAUGAUGAAGCAGAAGGAGCAUUCGCGAGAGUGAUGGGGCUGAUGGGACAGGAGGUGAAGCGGGUGGCAAGCGUGAAGAAGAAACGAAGGGAGGGGAGGCAGGCAGAGGCAGAUGAUGUGGUAGGCGAGGAAGACGUUGCGAAGAGCGAGGGGAGAGCGGGAGAGAUGGAAGGUGCAGGAAAGGAAGACUUGGUGGCAACUGCGAGUGAAGGUGGCGACGAUGAAGACAGUGGAUUGACCGGGGCUGGCAGUGGGGGAAGCAGUGCUGUUGCUGCGAGCACUGGCGUGCCGGCCGCAGCAGCAAGCGAGGAAGAAGCAGUGAAUGGGAAGCAGCAAGUGGCGUGCAGGUGGCAGCAGGAUCAGGUGCGACAGUCACCCCAGUAG